AUGCAAGAGGAUUUUCAAGACAAGGCUGGCAAUGAACUCUUCUUUGCUCUGCCAGCAAAUUUAUUACUCUCAGCAGAAGGGAAUGAAUCCAAUGCCUACCAACCUUUCAUGGAUCCCUACCAUCAGUGCCAUUCAAGACACAGACAAACCCAGACACCAGAGAUCAUAAGGACCAGGAACUCUACCUGCUUUGAGUCAACAGUGGAUGCUAUGAGAUCCAGAACCCCAGUGAUGAAGAAUCUAUUUGUUCUCAAAGAUGUCAGUGAUAUUGACAGAUAUUCAAGGUUCAUUUUUCCUGCUUCAUUUGUAGUCUUCAACAUUUUCUACUGGGUAUUUUACACCAUGAAAGCAAAUGAGAUGCUCUUGGGUGUGGCCUGUCUCAUUGCAGCUGUAGAAUUCGUGGGGGAGUCUAAGAGUGUUUCAGAAGAAGAAGGGACAUAUAUUUCGGAUGAAGUCAGAAAGGAUCUGAAAUUGGCUAUGAAAUGCAGUGGUUCCUCAAAACCAGUCAAAAAGAAAGAUGACACCAGGGGUGCUGGAGAAGAGGAGGAUGGUAUGGACCAAGGGAUAGCUGAACUGCUGUGA